AUGGAGGAGCUCCAGACCAAGAACGGCGAGGGCAAGAUGGUGCCCAUCGGUCCCAACAUGGAGCCGCCGCUGGAGGAGCUCAUGCUGCGAGUGUCCCAGCUUGAGAGGCUCGCGGGCCACCAUGAGAAGGCCAACGACGUGGUGCACAAGCACGGUCCCAUGCAGAUCCACGGCGAGGUGAAAAUGUGUACGGCCGCCGCCAAGACAGACCUCGACCAGCAGAUUGCCGUGCACAAGGCCGACCUUGACAAUAUCAACCGCCCCAACAUGGAGCAAUUUCUCAAACAGGUCCGUGGUGCCGACCUGAAGUUGCAGACGACCGACUCGGUCCACAGCGAGUUGAAGGAGCAGGUCCAAAGCGACCUGAAGUUGCAAACGGCCGCCAUCAAGGCAGACCUCGACUCGGUCUACGGCGAGCUGAAGGAGCAGAUGGCCGCAAACAACAGAGAUCUUCACAAUAUCAACAGCAUCAUGACUGUGCAACUGAGCGGCAAAACGCCGAUCGAAUAUCUCGAGCUGAUCCGUGAAGAGAUGAUGAUGCAGAAGGCCGCCACCAAGACAGACCUUGACCAGGUCACCUACUACUUGAAGGAGCAGAAGGCCGAGCCCACAGCAGAUCUUGACCAGAUCAACUGCCCGACGAAGGAGUUCGACGUGAAGCUCGGCACCAAGCUCGCCGGGCUCAAGAGCUCCGUGCUAGACGCCACCCACCCGCUGGUCACGUCCUGCCCCCAAGGCAAGGGCGCCGAGGCUUGA